AUGUUUAGAUUCUCUUUCCCCUACUCUUUCUCUCUCCUAAUCUAUCUAUCUAUCUAUCUAUCUAUCUAUCUAUCUAUCUAUCUAUCUAUCUAUCUAUCUCUACGAAUUCAAUCGACUUUUAUCUUUCUAUCUAUCGACCUAUCUCUCUGUUUCUACGAAUUCAAUCGACUCUAUCUAUCUCUACAAAUUCAAUCGACUCUAUCUAUCUCUACAAAUUCAAUCGACUCUAUCUAUCUCUACAAAUUCAAUCGACUCUAUCUAUCUCUACGAAUACAAUCGACUCUAUCUAUCUCUACGAAUUCAAUCUUUAUCGCACACGAAUUCAAUCGAUUUUUAUAUAUAUACCUAUCUCUCUUAAGUCAAUCUAUUUUCUCUCUCUCUUUCUCUCUCUCUCUCUUUCUCUCUCUCUCUCUCUCCUUCUAUCUAUGUACCUAUCUGCUUAUCGCCCGAUUCACAUGA